UAGGUUAUGGGAUAUUGAAUGUGGGGCUUGUUUACGAGUGUUAGAAGGCCAUGAAGAAUUAGUAAGAUGUAUUCGUUUUGAUAACAAGAGAAUUGUCAGUGGUGCAUAUGACGGAAAAAUAAAAGUGUGGGAUUUACAGGCUGCCCUUGAUCCGAGAGCACCAGCGGGGACUCUGUGCCUGAGAACAUUGGUGUAAGGAGAAAGAUUUUAAAGCUAUCACAUAGAUUUCAUACUUCAAGAAAGAUGAGGGGGAUAAUGUCUUGUGAUUGAAUAACUUGAAUGUGCAACCAGGUGACCUCACACUUGUCAUUGAUUGGUUGAAUGCUGCAAUUUUUAAAGUUAAAGCAGUCACUUAUUAAAGUAUUUAACCUGUCAAAUGAAGCUUUGAGCAGUUUCAUAACAGUAUUAUACUUGCAUAAAAUUGAUGGGACCUUAUAUCUGUGAAUUUUUACCCCAAACUGACUACAAUAAAAUACUUCUAUGUGGUCCUAGUUGCUCUAAUGCAUUGCAGUAGAAAUAAUGUAACUUAAAAAGUACAGCUGCUGUUACAUUUUAAAUGACUUGUAUAGCUCUUUCAGCAAUAAUGAUCCAAUCUGGAUUUGACCUCCUUGUUGCAUAAUGAGCUAUACUAUUGAUAAACAAACUAAACUUGAGUCCUAGCAAAUAUUUGUGAACUACUCUUCAUUUUAUGAAAUCGUGUUUUACACAUGAUUUCACAUAUUUAAGUACUUUAUAAACCGAUGUUGUGGCCAUAUCAGGUGGUUAUCCGCUUUUGUGUUAAAUCAUCUCAUUCCAAGCACUGAGCCUCUUGCAUACCCAACCAAUUGUACCUGUCUUUGCUGCAAGGUUUUUUUGUUUUGUUUUUUCAGUUCUCACAUGUUACUUUUCUAGAGUCAAUCCAUUCUUUGUAUUUAUAAUUUUUUCCCGAUUCAAAGUUCUACAAAUUGGAACGAGUUUUGCCUACUUUGGAAGUUUAGCGAAGACUGUCCUAAUUUGACUUGCAAGCUGAUAGCUGUUUUUUCUCUUUUAGGUAAGACAGGCUGACUCAGAUGCAGGUACUUUAAUCAAUUGCUAGUCUGUAUUCUGCUUAUGUAGUUCUGAAGGUCAUUUUGAAAAAAAUGUUGUGCGUCGUUUCACAGACACAUUACUAACGUGCAAUUUUCCUAAGUAUGUAUAUUUCUUAUUUGCUGUACUUAUUUGUUGCUUUACUGUGUAAUCCAACAAUCUUUUGAAAUAUGUAUGUUAACACCUUUUCGCAUCUUGUUUUUUGGGGGCUACUCCCAUUGUAUGCGCUGGUUGCCCUUUGUGAUGUCAGUGCUUCCCUUGAUUGGUUUUUUGUUGUCACCUGGUUUUGAUGAUGUUUAUAAAUAGAAAUUCAUGACAUUUACAGCUUUGCCACAAAAUCUAAAAUAGUAAAAAAUAGUUGCAACCCUGUAAGUUGUAAAACAUGUAUAAAACCAUGUGAGAGAGAGGUGAUGUAGACUUCCCGGUUUUUGUAGCUGAAUGGUGAAAGCCAUAUUUGCCUUCCUAUUUUGCUUUAUUACAACAAGGUGACUCAACUCCUCAACAUAACUGGGUAGUUUUUUUAAUGAGUUUUUCUGAUAAACAAAAUCAGUAUUUGUAGGUUUGUAUAGAAAUUUAUUCAUUUUUCAUUAAAAUUUGAAAUGUGUAAAUAUGCUGGUAAGAGUUGUAGCUAUGUGGUCACAAUUCCUACAUUUAAAAGUAACAUUCUUUUGUAGACUAUCAACUUAUUAGUUUUCUGUGAAAAGCAAGAUUAUAAUUAAUAUAGUGAACAAUGAA